AUGCUCCACGAGAUCCUCCUCUCCCUGUCCGGCCAGCCGUCCCCUCUAUUCGACCAGUCAACCACAGAGGGCGACUCUGCCACGGCGGGUUUCCCGUUGCUCACUCCACCAGAGAAGGCUCUCCUCUCCUCAAUAGCCCAUCUGAGUCGGCUCCAUAAACUCCUCCGGAGCCAUACAUCUCAAAUUUCUUCCUCUCAUCCGUCGACUGUUUGCCGAGCAGUCUCGACCUCCAUUGCCACAGAGCAUCUUGGAAACUUUCAGAGGAAAAUCCUCGACGUAGAAAAGGCAAUCUUGACCUGCGACCCUGACUACGUUGGUGGUUAUGGCAUUGUCCCGUUAUCUACCAUUGUGGGUGAUUUUGCCCCUUGGGUGCGAAGAAUGGAGUGGCUCUGGGAUGUUGCUAGGUUCAUGCUUCCAGAGUCGUUUCGUGGCGAGGAGCACGCUCCCAGAAUUACUCCCAGCACCGGGGCCGAGCUGAUUGACCGACUCACAAAAGAUUCCCAGACGGGUUAUGUGGACCUGGAGGAAAUGGCACUUGCGCUAAUAAAAACUGCAGAGACUGCUUGGAUGCGCCAGCUGUCCAUGUGGAUAUUGUAUGGGCAACUGCCGGCCUUUGGGCGUGAUGAUUUUUUUAUUCAAAAGGUCCCCAGAAGCCUGGAUGGGAAAAAGGCACAAAAUGUUGAGUAUAUCGUCCGACCAAGCCUGCUACCAAAAUUUCUUUCUGAGGCUACGGCUGCUUCAAUUCUAUUUAUCGGAAAGUCUUUAAACCAUAUUCGCGCUCGGGGAGACUUUUCAGCUGGCGCAGAGUCGAAGGCUUCCGCUUCCCAUAUGACGUUGCAUGGGGAUUAUAUUCGUCGUCUCUCAGCCCUUUCAUCACCCUUGUCCCCUGUUACAAUGAACAACACUAUAUCCGAUAUUCGACUAUCACUAUCACAGACCGUUCUAUCAAGGUUAUUACCGCUGCCCAAAUUAGUUGAAAUUCUCUCCGUGCUUCAUGGCUUCCUCCUCCUGGGACGCGGAGAGUUUGCAAUGGCCCUAGUUUCGUUUGCAGACGGACAAAUUCUCUUGAAACAUAGAAGAAUGGCUCCCGUGAAACCGGCACAUACGGGAUUGCAAUCCCUCGAUUUCCUAGGAAUUAAAGAGGGAGAAGUUUCAACAGUUCUAUCCCAGGCUUGGGCUGAGCUUUAUUCACUCCAAAAUGAGGAAGACCCGAUUGAUGACGAGUUAGACCUUGCUCGGGAUCUCCUGCGUUUGGUAGUAAAACGAAAAGCUGAAGACCAGGUUAGCUUUGAAAAGGAGAGUGUCACUGGCAGUAGUUCAGUAGCUGAAAUAUCUGACGUUGCUUUUGACGACCUCUUGUUUGGGGCUUCAACCGUUCUGUCACUCGAUGUACAAUCACCUUUGGAUUUAUUCCUCGCCCAAUCAGACAUGUCAAUCUACUCCCGAAUCCAUGCAUAUCUUCUCGGUAUUCGACGCGCUCAGAUACGUCUUAGCGGUCUCUGGAAAUGUACAUCUAUUCGAAGAAUCCAUCCAGCUCCUUGGGGACCGCCAUUUAGUAACAAACCUGAGGGCCAAGAGCGGCUUCGCGUGGGACGCGAAAGGGAACGUCGCCGCUGUACCCUCAUGCGAUCGAUCUGGGCAAGCUGCAGCGCUGCCUUGUUUGUUGUCUCGGAGCUCGGAAGCUACCUCCAAGGCGAAGUUAUCAGUGGCUCUUGGCGCCACUUUAAGCAAUGGCUUGAUGGGACGAAACCGUCGUGGACUCCAGGAAAUUCUCGCCCAGGGACAGCGAAAUCAAAGCAUCUCGAUGACAGGGGAGACUCCUCGUAUCCCCAACACGACCCGGAAACCAUCACUAUCGCACACCGCACGUAUUUGGCUUACAUCUCCCAAUCCCUUUUUCUCACAGAUGUCCCUUUUACACAAACUCUCCGUUCUUUUCUAGCUCACAUCGAUGACUUCAUCUCCCUAAUCACCCAGCUCCAAACUAUACAACAAAAUCUCGAUCUGGAAAACGAUGAGGGUGUGUUCGACUCCUUGGCAAACUACAGCGAGGACGAACAGGGAGUAUGGUACAAGCUGUGCCAAGCAAGGGCCGACCUUGACGCUGGAAUCAUGGAGCUUAUUUCGCGACUACGAGAUAUUGAUGAUGGCCGAUUUGCCGAAGGCAUACGGAUGUUUGAUUUUAGAAACAACCACACUCAGAGCCAUACUACCGGCAGCGACUCCUUCGCCGAACGCACAAAUACGUACGUUCCCUGGAGGGCGGCUGGAGUAGAUCGUUUGUUGAUGAAGCUGGACUUUGGCACAUCGAGGACUGCCCCGGGUUCGUUUGGAUUCAAGGACGAAUUCAUUGAUUAGAAGAGAGAGACUGGGUUGAUUUGAGUGGAUAUUGUCUCCCUUUCCUUUCCUUGAGCUCAGAUACAAGUGGUCGUGGGAACCCUCGACGAAAUCAUCCCACCUAUCCCUGUAAGAUAGUAUGCUUAGAUGUUAAGAGUUGCUUUACAGGCACCAUGUGUACAGGGAAACAUUAACAUCAUAGGAGCACUCCUACAAUAAAGGCCUAGACACUACAUAAAAGCAUCCA